AUGAAAGUCGCGGUCUUAUCUCUAUUUGUGGCUGUAUGCGCAGGCGCACCACAACAGAGAGUCACUGGUGGAACUGAAGUGGAUAUUACGUCUUAUCCCUAUGUAGCUGCACUCCUGAGAUACGAAUUCGAAUUAGGGGCUUACUCCCAAACCUGCGUCGGCGCCAUUAUCAAUAACAGAUCCAUUUUGACUUCUAUUAACUGUGUUGAGAUUGAUCCAGUUAACUACUGGCGUGCCCGACUUGGGUCAUCCCUAGCCAGCAGUGGUGGUAUUAUCCACUAUAUGAGAGCUUUCAUCUUUAACCCGAGCUACGACACCUACACGUCUGACGGUGAUGUUGCCAUUUUAAGGACCGCACAAACCAUCCAAUACGGAGGUCGAAUCGCUGUAGCUGGCAGAAAUUACGUUGUGGCAGAUAAUUCUCCUGUCACUCUUCUCGGAUGGGGUGACAUUCGUUAUGAAGGACCUCGCUCAGACAAAUUACUAAAGGCCGAUCUCAUUACGAUCAACCAAAAUAAAUGCAAAGAAAACUACAACAUAAUUGCUAUGACUGUAACUGAAAAUAUGCAGUGCGCUGGCACUGCUAAGGGCGGCGCUGACUUCUGUGAAGGUGAUGUUGGAGCUCCCUUGAUUCACAAUAAUGUGCUCAUUGGCAUUGCCUCAUGGCGGACACCAGUUUGUGGCCGGGCUAACUAUCCUGGAGUCUACACUCGCGUUAACCGAUACGUUUCUUGGAUACAGUCAAACGCUUAA